UUGGUGGUGAAGCAGUCUGAAGUAAAAGAGAAAUGGUGAGAGGGAGAAGACAAAGUCAACGCAGGAAGAAACUGAUCAUCCUUCGAGGUUUGCCAGGAGUUGGAAAGACAACGAGGGCAAAAGACCUCUGUGAUGAAUAUGCAAGACUUGGACUGGAAGCAGAAAUUUUCUCCACUGACAGGUACCAUGAAAGUACCAACUACACCAAAGGAAACUUUCAACGCAACCAUCAGCAGAAUAGAGAGGAUGUUUUUAAAGCCUUGAACAGAGGUGUGGAUCUGAUCAUCGUUGACAACACAAACAUUUCUCUUUGGGAGAUGUGGCCCUAUAUCCACAUGGGGAUGCGACAGGGUGAAUAUUACAUCACUAUGAUGGAGCUGCCUAAAGGCUAUCCUCAGAACUAUAUCUCCAUCAACAAGCUGUACAGCUGUUGUAGGCAUAAGAUCCCCAAGCGUAAGUUCAGGUCCUUUGAGGCUCGCUGGGAAGACGCUUACAACAUCUGGCAUGUACUUAACGACAGCUACUCCAUAAACCGCUGGGAGCAAUGCGAAGAAGAAUGGAACGUCCAGUGAUGAAGACAUGCUGGCCCCCCCCCCCCCCCCCCCAAAUUCCCCAAAAUCCAGAACAAAUUUUUAAAAACGUACAGUAUUAUAUAGAGCCCUUAUUGUAUGGAACUUCAAUCUCAUGUUGCUCAAAUAAACAGCAAACCUGGUUUCAAAAGACAGAUAAAGCAACACCUCACGGUACAAUGCCUCUCCCCUAUUUGACCUGGAUAGUUUGUGUGUAUGC